UACUAUUUCUAAUUCAAACCUUCCUCACCGAAAGUAACCCUAGCGCCGAGAGAUGGGAGUCGCCUGAAGGAGAGACCCGCCAAUUGCGAAAGGCUACCCCCAUAAGUUAGCUGGACAAGGAGAUCAUACUUCGGAUGAAUUUUAAGAAGAUGGCCGCUACGGUCGCCAAACCCGGCCUAAUACCACGAGUUAUACAAGAACACAGCUUACGACCCGUUACAAAUUCAGACGCCGGGGCCGUUGCGCAAGCAGAAGGGGAUGCGGACCCGAAAGUGCCACCGCAACACCAGCGAUUGAAGCUGAACGACUUUGCGCUCGUCAGGACAUUGGGAACAGGUACCUUUGCUAGAGUCUGCUUAGUCCGUCCUGCCACCGGUGCCGAAGAAGAACGCGCCAAAGUUUUCGCUCUUAAGAUCUUGCGAAAAGCCGAGGUCAUCAAGUUAAAGCAGAUCGACCAUGUUCGAGACGAACGCCGUAUUCUUAGCGAUGUCGCCGGCCAUCCUUUCAUCACCGAGCUGAUUACCACAUUCUCCGAUCAUGAUUCGCUAUACAUGCUACUCGACUACAUCCCUGGCGGUGAGCUCUUCAGCUAUUUGCGAAGGCAUCGAAGGUUUCCAGAGGAAUGGGCCCAGUUCUACGCUGCAGAGAUUGUCUUGGUACUUGAGUACCUUCAUGAUCAUCAAGGCGGCGUGGCAUACCGCGACUUGAAACCGGAAAAUCUUCUUCUAGACGGUCAGGGUCACGUGAAGCUAGUUGAUUUUGGGUUUGCAAAGAGGCUUGGUAGUAGGGAUAGCAGGCCCGUUGAGACAUAUACUCUCUGCGGUACUCCCGAGUAUUUGGCGCCGGAGGUGAUCCAAAACAAGGGACACACCAUAGCUGUUGAUUGGUGGGCGUUGGGUAUCCUGAUAUAUGAAUUCUUGACUGGGUAUCCACCUUUCUGGCAUCAGAAUCCUAUCGAGAUCUACAAACAGAUUAUCGAGAAACCAGUGCUCUUUCCCGCCGAACCUCCUAUUUCGCCCAAUGCCCAAAACGUCAUUCGUUCGUUCUGCACGGUAGACCGCUCGAGGCGGUUAGGGAACCUGAUCGGCGGCACUCAGCAGGUCAAAUCACACCCGUUUUUCGAAGGCAUAGAUUGGGACGCGCUCUUCAGCCGGCAGAUCAGGCCUCCAAUCCAGCCUAACGUACGAUUCCCGGGCGACGCUCAAUGCUUCGACGUUUAUCCCGAAGACGACGGCAAGCGAGACCCGUAUACGGAGGAUCUGGCCCGUCAGUAUGACAGGUAUUUUGAGGGAUUCUGAUUUAAUGAAUAUAACUUCGACUCUUAUAAUGAGAUAAAAGGGCACUAUUGGGCAUAAUCAAAAAUCUUACGGGCGGAACGGAAUCGUGGGAUCCGUCGUCUAUCAUGUGUAUGUAUUUGUACUUAUGGGGCUUACGUCCGAACGAAUCUUUUUAGGUGUCUGGGAGCGACUUGUGCUUUUGUCUUAUAGGAUUACAUAAAGGGUAAUCUGGCGCCUCUCAUGAACUUCUGGCUAGCUUGACGGAGGUCUGCCGUCCUGUAUACUAUAACUUACCUAACUACCUAGUACUAUUAAGAGAAUCAAUGUGUUUUUGUUUA